CUUGAUUCGGACAUAUAUUCAUGUACUUAAGGUCCACCUAGGAGCACGAACUCGGCUGAAGGCCCUAGUCCAUUUCGCGUCGGCACGAAAAUGGUCGGGGGCGGCAUUUUGAGUAGACGACCUGCAUGUCUUAGUGGUGAUGGCAAACUCAUACUAUGUCCCUGCGGGCGGCUGGUUCACAUCUACAGCGCCGUCACCGGAGAGCGCGUUGGCUCGCUGGUUGGCCAUGCCGACGAGGUCACGGGCGUUAUAUUGGACCCCGAGAAUGCAGACCAGGUGUACACCUGCUCCAUGGACGCGACGGUGCGGCUGUGGGACUACCGCUCGGGCGAGGAACUCAGUCGCGUGACGGCGCGGGAGCCUGUUAAGCACAUGGUGAUCCACAAGGGCCUUGGGGUGGCCUAUCUGUCCAUGCAGCUGCGCGAGGGCGGCGGGCGCGUGGUGCUGUACAACAUCCGUACAGGCAAGUUCUCCGGCACCGCCAUGAAGACGCGCCUGGCGGGCCCCCUGGCUCUGAGCCCCAGCGGCGCCCUGGCCGCCACCAUUGACCGCCACAGCCUGUUCGUCUGGCGCACCGGCACCGACAUCUACCAGCCCCUCAACCUGCACCACACCAGGCCCUACACCUGUCUGGCCAUCUCGGCGGAUGACUCGCUCAUUGCCGCGGGCGACGCCUCCGGUCGCAUCCUCAUCUGGCGCGCCUUCGAGCACUCGGUGCCCUCUGGUCUGCGCAGCGAGAACAGCGGCAAGGCGCAUCCCACCGUGCAGCCACCGUUGACCACGCUGCACUGGCACGCGCACCCGGUGGGCUGUCUCACCUUCUCGCCCGAUGGAACCUACCUGCUCAGCGGCGGCUCGGAGGGUGUGCUGGUGCAGUGGGCGCUGGAGACCAACCGGCCCGGCUUCCUGCCUCGCCUGGGUGGGCCGCUGCUGGGCCUGCACCCCUCGCCCGCCGACCCCGCCCGCUACCUGGUCCGGCAGGCGGACAACGUGGUGCGGUUAGUCAACGUGGCGACCAUGAAGGUGGAGUGCUCUGUGCAGGGGCUGAGGCCGCCGCCCGCAGGCCUGCUGCCUCCCGCAGGCGUUGCGGGCGGCGCGGCGGCGCUGCUGCCGCCGGGCGCCGGCUCUGGUGGUGUCGGGGGCGGCGGCGGCAGCGGCGGCGUGCUGGUGGUGCCUGCGGAGAACGCGGCGCUGCAGUUUUAUGAUGUUGGCCGCGACCGACACAUGCAGCUUGUGCAGGUCGCCCCACGCAACGCUGUGUCGCUUUCCGACACCUCGGCCAGCGGCCGCCACGGAGCAGGCCCGCACGCCCACCCGCACGGGCAACCGCCUCACCACCAACACCCGCACCCCCACCAGCAGCACCCGCACGCGCACGUGCCGCACGGAGGCCAGCAGCAGCCCGGGCAACCCUCGACAUCUGGAUCCGGCCCUGGAUCCGAAACGCCCGCGCCGCCGUUCGUGUCGCUGCUGGCGUUCAACCGCGAUGGAUCUGUGAUGGCAACUGUGGAUCUACGGCCAGACGCCGGGCCGUACGGAUCCACGGAGGCCUGCCUCAAGUUCUGGGACGCUGGAUCCAGCGGCCAGGAAUCUGAAGCCUCGACAUCUUCCGGAUCUGGAUUCGCGCUUAACACGCGCGUGGACGAGCCACAUCGCGACCUGGUGUCCGCGCUAGUGUACCAUCCCACCCGCGACCUGGCCGUGACCACGGGAGGGUCCGGAUCCGAGUCCGAAUUCAAGGUCUGGAUCCAGGAGCGCCGCGCCGGCGCCCCCGGAUCCGGAUCCGGCCGGCGGGCUGGCGAGCCGCCGUCCACGCACUGGCGCUGCCGCAGCACCGGCGGCUACAAGGGCCUUCCCUUGGGCGCUGCGGCGUUCAGCGCCGAUGGCAGCGUGCUCGCGGUGGCGGCCGCCAGCCGCGUCACGCUGUGGGAUGUGGAGAGCAACGCGCUGGCGGCGGCGCUGCCGGCGGCGGUGCCCACCACCAGCGCGGCGGCGGCGGCGGCGCCGCUGACGUCACUGGCGUUUGUGCCCGGGACGCCGUUCCUGGCGGCGGCGUCACCGUCGUGCGUGGCGGUUUACAACCUUCUAACCGCCGCCGUACACUGGUGCCUGCCGUACGGCGCGGUUUCGAUCACGGCGGAUGCGGCAUACGGCCUGCUAGCGGCGGCGCUUCCCGCGCCGCCGCCAGCUGCUGGACCAGUGGCGGCGGCGGCGGACGUUGCCGCGGGCGAGGAGGGCGCCGCGGCUGAGGAGCCGGAGGCUGCGGGCGCAGGGCCGGCGUCGACGGCGGCUGCAACCGCCGCCGCGGCGCAGCGGCGGCGGCAGGCUGCACGUGCGGCACACGGCGCUGCGGCGGCUGCGGGUUGCCACGUGCUCGUGUUUGAUCCGCGGGACGCCACACCCAAGUACCACUGCCAUGUAGCCGGCGCAAGCCACGUGCACUUGGCGGCUCUGCCGUCCGCUGCCGGCGGCGGCAGCGGCACCGCAGCAGGCUGCAGUCCGCUGCUCAUAUUGAGAGACAACCGGCAGUACUCGGUCGCGGCAGUGCCGGGCAGCGCUGCCUCAGCGGCGUCGGCGACGGGCGAGGAGGCGGCGGGCUCCAUUCCAAAGGAGGAGACGCUGUCGGUGUUCGAGGCGACGUUUGGCAAGGUGGCGGCGGGCGCUGGCGGCGCGGCGGCGAUGGAUGUGGACGGCGGCGCGGGUGUGGGCGGCAAGGCGCGCUGGGCGGAGCUCUUUGACGCGCCCUCGCACGUGCUGCCGCCGCCCACGGCGCUGGCACACGCCUUCCUCACAUUGCUCACCACAACGCCCGAUUCAUGAUGCUGGAAUGAUGCGGAGUGCGGCGAACUGUGCGCGCAUCGUGGGAAGAGCUGGGCAUAGCGUGCGAAAAGCGGGUCGAGCGGAGAGAUGGGGCUGACUAGGAGGCUGGUGUGAUGGUGGCGGUGGGGUGCCGGUGGCUGGCCUCCCGCGGCUCUGCUAGACGCUCUAGACGCUCAAUGCUUGGGACGGGCGCACCCAUGAGCAGCAGGGUAGCACUGAGUACUUCGCACGUGCGGCGUACGGCACGGCACUCCUCGCGACUCCCAACGGCCCAACGAACGCACGGGAUCACUGUCGGGCUUCCACGCAACUGCCAACGAACAUGGGCGGCACAUGGCGUGACGGUUGGCGCGCAGCGCGAGCGGGAGAGGGCAGUUGAGCGCGCACGCGUGUGGGAAGCUGUGACAGAGUACGGCGGAGCGCAGUGGAGGCUGGCGGUUGGCGCGGCGCGCGAAUGGGAGUGCAUAGUCAUGAGCGCACCGUUGGGGAAGCUGCGUGUGAGCUGCAUGUAAACUCAGAGAGACGCAUGGGGGUAGCUCUGUUUCCGUAAGCUGCCUCUAAGCGCACACGGUUUCAUAAGGCUGACGUAUCAACUCUCAGCCUGUCUCCCCUACGGUACGGGUUGCAACACCAACUUGUUACAUCCGGUCAUGGUCUCUUGUGUGACGGGCUGCAAUGCCCUUGGGCAUGCCGCACGUGCGGCCAUUGGACGUCGGAGCCUCAUCACACGGCAGCAUGACAAGGGGGGGGGGUGUAAAUACCAGCCCAA